ACGAAGGUAAGGAACGACAAACCGUCAGAUACUGGAGGAAAAGCAGGGAGCUGUGGGACCCAGCAUGGGACAAAGGAGAAGGGAUUUUUCAGUCCUUUUUGGCCAAGAAUACUGCCAGUCCUGCCCUCCUCUUGCACCUACAAACUGCCAUAUUUUAUGGCCCAGAGUUGGGUGGGGGUCUUUUGCAUCACGGGUCUCCUAUCUCAGAGCAAUGGAAGAUACUCCUGUUCUCACCUGCAUCUUGGGUUCGGUUUCAGGUCCUCGCCUUCAGUAAUAAAAAUGUGCAGAGCCAUUAGCGAGCCUCAGCCAAAGCUAUAAUCUACGACCGGCCACAAGAGUGUGCACGUGAGGAGACUGCAAUUUUUUUCUGCCAAACCAGAAUUAGCCGGUACUGGAAUGAACGAGCCUGGAGAUUUGAAAUUGCACUGAUUGGAAGGGAGCUCAGGUUAGGUUCGGGCUCCCUCCAAAGGACCCUUUUUAAAGACGGAGGCCUCGAGCUCAAAGCUUCCCCAGACACUCACCUGGCUCGACAUCAAGCGACAGAGGAGCCCGGAGCCCCACGCCGAGCGCACGGAGUCGGGUGGAGCGCCGAGCCGCAGGCACCCACAAAUCCAGGAUGAUAGGCGACACUGCAACAAAUCUCUACGCCCAGCAGUUCAGGGGGCUCCGAGGGAAACAGCAAGUCCAGGGAUCCGGGCCGGGAGCCCAGUGAGGCCGCAGCCCUGCGCGCCCUGGGAGUAACUGCUGUUACAGUUCACUCAAAUGUCCUGCAGUGACAUGUGGCAAUGCAGGGACCGCAGACCCGGAUUGAGCCGAGAAAAUCUUGGAAAAUGUAUACAAGUCAUGAAGAUAUUGGGUAUGAUUUUGAAGAUGUCCCCAAAGAUAAGAAGACACUUAAAUCCCACCCAAACAUUGAUGGCGGAUGGGCUUGGAUGAUGGUCCUUUCCUCUUUCUUCGUGCACAUCCUCAUCAUGGGUUCCCAGAUGGCCCUGGGGGUCCUCAAUGUGGAAUGGCUUGAAGAAUUCCAUCAGAGCCGCGGCCUGACCGCAUGGGUCAGCUCCCUCAGCAUGGGCAUCACCUUGAUUGUGGCAAUACUGGAGGCCAGCCCAUCAUCCCCACCUGACAGGAAGAACAUGCAAUGCUCAGAGACAUUAAGACCUUUCAUCGGCUUGUUCAUUAACACCUGUGGCUGCCGUGGGACAGCGAUCAUCGGAGGACUCGUGAACUCUCUGGGCUGGGUACUGAGUGCCUAUGCUGCCAACCUUCAUUAUCUCUUUAUUACCUUCGGAGUGACAGCUGGCUUUGGGAGCGGGAUGGCCUACCUGCCGGCCGUGGUCAUGGUGGGCAGAUACUUUCAGAAAAGGCGCGCCCUUGCCCAGGGCCUCAGCACCACGGGGACCGGCUUUGGCACCUUCCUCAUGACGGUCUUGCUGAAGUACCUGUGCGCGGAGUAUGGGUGGCGGAACGCGAUGUUCAUCCAAGGCGCCGUCUCCUUAAACCUGUGUGUUUGCGGGGCGCUCAUGAGGCCCCUCUCUCCUGGGAAGGAGGGAAAGGACCCAGCAGGGAGAGAUCCGCAAGUCCCCCCUGCCCACUCCACGGAAUCAGUUAAGUCCAGUGGACAGCUGGGCAGGGCAGACGAAAAGGAGGGCAGUCCCGGGCGCGAGGAGACCCUGGGUGACCUUGCAGACCAGGCGUGCCCCGAGGAGGCCGGGCACAGGAGGAACAUGUGCGCCUUUCGGAUGCUGAAGAUGGUGAGCCAGCUGACCCUCAGGGUCAGGAAGGGCUUCCAGGAAUGGUACUCCGGCUAUUUUGGGGCAGCCUCACUCUUUACUAAUAGGGUGUUUGUAGCCUUUAUUUUCUGGGCUCUGUUUGCAUACAGCAGCUUUGUCAUCCCUUUCAUUCACCUCCCAGAAAUAGUCAAUUUGUAUAAUUUAUCAGAGCAAAACGACAUUUUCCCUCUGACGUCAAUUAUAGCAAUAGUUCAUAUCUUUGGGAAAGUGAUCCUGGGCAUCGUGGCGGACUUGCCCUGCAUCAGCGUCUGGAAUGUCUUCCUGAUGGCCAACUUCACCCUUGUGCUCAGUAUUUUCCUUCUGCCACUGAUGCACACAUAUGCCAGCCUGGCCGUCAUCUGCGCUCUGAUAGGCUUUUCCAGCGGUUACUUCUCCCUGAUGCCCGUAGUGACUGAAGACUUGGUGGGGAUUGAGCACCUGGCCAAUGCCUAUGGCAUCAUCAUCUGUGCUAACGGCAUCUCUGCAUUGCUGGGACCACCGUUUGCAGGGUGGAUCUACGACAUCACACAAAAAUAUGAUUUUUCCUUCUAUAUAUGUGGUUUACUUUACCUGGUAGGAAUCCUCUUUUUACUCAUUCAACCAUGUAUUCAGAUUAUAGAACAAUCCAGAAAGAAAUGCAUGGGUGGCACACAGGUGUAGUGUCACGUGAUGUUUCAUGUGAGAUUUCCUUGUGGUUCUCACGCCUACCUCGCCUGGUCGCUGUGAGGAGCCAAUGACAUAUCGUGGGAAAACGCUUUUGUACGGUCACUGGCACUGUCAUUUGUAAAUGCCAUCGUCAUUGCUUCAUGUAAGAGCUGCACUGCCUUCUUCCACUUGGGGAGAAGUGAUGAAUGGUAUUAAGGACUUCACGCGUUGUAGGGGUGACAAUGUCCUUCAAAGACAGCCUAUUAGUAAUUGGUAGAAAUGCCCUCAUAAAAACCGUUUUCUCUCGCCAUCCACUGGGACUAGGGUUUUAGAUACAGCUUUUUAAAACAGAGACAAGGAAUAAAAGCUUUUCAGCCCAACUACUGGCAGACCUCAUUAUAUUGCGCUUCACUUUAUUGCUUUUCACAGAUAUUGUGUUUUUUACAAAUCGAAGGCAAGACCCUCCACCAGCAAAAGGGUUGCAACUUGCUUUAUUGUGACUCUCACUUUGCUGCAGUGGUCUGGAACCAAAUGCGCAAUAUCUCUCAGGUCUGCCUGCACUGUGUAAAGUGACAAUAAAAUAUCUAAACGCUUCUGGGAAGCUCACAGAUAAAUGGGUUUUAAGCACAAGAAUAUGACUAGGUUUCAGAAAUUCAUUGUUACAGGAAGCCAUUGAUCUCUCACUGUAAAAUAAAUACAGGCUGUAAUUUCAAAGGUAAUACAUAUAGUACAAUUAAAGAAAAAAUGUCUAUUUUUAUGAAAGAAUUCUGCAGCUCGGGAGUACAAUUUCUCAAUCUUCCUCCAAGAAAAGCAUUUGCCAUCAAUCCUAAUCCAAUAAGAUCCAGUUAUACACGGAAUCUUAAGACAAAACCUAAAUAACAAUUUCCUUAGUGAAAGUUGUAUUUGUACUCACAACUUCUGAAUCAAGGGCUAUGAUUCAAGCACUUUAGUUCAUAUCAUCCUCCUCUUUGUUUAUGAGCACUAUCUGGGGCCUAUAAAAA